AGUUAGUCUAUGCUUUGGUCUUCUUGUAUAUAGAUGUAUCUGAUUGAAAAAUGGCUGACGGGGGAGAUGCAUUAAAUACGUUAUCAGGAAAAGAGGCUAGAAAUGCCGUCAGCGAUGGUCCAGUUACCGAUCCUGCUUCAAGUACUAAGAGCCUUGAGGCAUCAAAUAAUGCCUUUCACGGCCCGAGAACAAAAUUAGAUUCUAAAUCUGGGGCUUUAAAGAAAUCUAGUCGGUAUCGCAGCCGGUCUUUAUCUGCUAGCAGCACUGACAGUUAUAGUUCUGCAUCUUAUACAGGAAGUUCGUCAGAUGAAGAUGAUGUAUCACCACGUGAGAAAAUUCAAAAGACGGAAAGAGGAUUUACUGACUUUUGUGUGCGGAACAUCAAUCAACAUGCUUUCGGGCGUAGAGAAAUUGAAAUCGCAGAACAAGAAAUGCCAGGAAUCAUGGCACUUCGUAAGCGUGCAGCAGAAGAUAGGCCAUUGAAGAAUGCCAAAAUUGUGGGAUGUACUCAUAUUAAUGCUCAAACAGCAGUUUUGAUUGAAACCUUAGUAGAGCUUGGAGCGCAAGUACGAUGGGCUGCAUGUAAUAUUUAUUCUACACAGAAUGAAGUAGCAGCUGCUUUAGCUCACACUGGAUAUCCAAUUUUUGCUUGGCGGGGUGAAACAGAAGAGGACUUUUGGUGGUGUAUUGAUAAGUGUGUGGCAGCUGAAAAUUGGCAACCAAAUAUGAUAUUGGAUGAUGGAGGAGAUGCCACACAUUUAAUGCUUAAAAAAUACAAUGCUAUGUUUAAAAUGAUUCAAGGUAUUGUCGAAGAAAGUGUUACUGGUGUUCAUAGAUUGUAUCAAUUGUCCAAGGCAGGCAAAUUAUCCGUCCCUGCAAUGAAUGUAAAUGAUAGUGUUACAAAGACCAAAUUUGACAAUCUUUAUAGUUGCCGGGAAAGUAUUAUUGAUAGUUUAAAGAGAUCCACAGACGUUAUGUUUGGAGGAAAACAAGUUGUAAUUUGUGGUUAUGGAGAAGUUGGCAAAGGAUGUUGUCAAGCUCUUAAAGGAUUGGGUUGUAUUGUAUACAUUACUGAAAUUGAUCCAAUUUGUGCAUUGCAAGCUAGUAUGGAUGGAUUUAGAGUAAUGAAAUUAAAUGAAGUGAUUAGAAAUGUUGAUAUUGUUAUUACUGCAACAGGCAACAAAAAUGUAGUCACUCGGGAACACAUGGAUAAGAUGAAAAAUGGAUGCGUAGUAUGCAAUAUGGGACAUAGUAAUACAGAAAUAGAUAUUAACAGUUUACGCACCCCUGAUUUAACUUGGGAAAAAGUAAGAUCUCAAGUGGACCAUGUAAUCUGGCCAGAUGGAAAGCGUAUCGUCCUCCUAGCGGAAGGUCGUUUGGUCAACUUGUCUUGUUCCAGCAUUCCUUCUUUUGUAGUCUCCAUUACAGCUGCUACACAAGCAUUGGCUCUCAUCGAACUAUUUAAUGCUCCGCCAGGACGUUAUAAGAGUGAUGUUUACUUGCUUCCUAAAAAAAUGGAUGAAUACGUCGCUUCAUUACACUUACCAACAUUCGAUGCACAUUUAACAGAAUUGACAGAUGAACAAGCAAAAUACAUGGGUUUGAAUAAGGCUGGACCUUUCAAGCCCAGUUAUUACCGCUACUAAAAAUGAAUUAGAAAUUUCUCUUUGGAAAAUACGUGCAGUAUUUACUAUUUAAGAAAUUAGUCUUAAAGUUACUGAAACUAUCUUCUUUUACUGUUUUUAAUUUUGCUUAAUUUAAUAUGGAGAAGGUUCACGUUGUCUAACAAUACACUAUAGUGUAAAUUUUUCUUUACAAAUGAACACAAAUUUUCAAUGUACAUUGUAAAAUUAUUGUAAAGG